AUGAAGCGUCCAAGCAAAGAGACGAAAAAAGAGAAGGGUAACGGUAAAUACAAAGAUAGAGAUAAAGAAAAGGAAAGCUUGGAAGAUAUUAAUGAAUUUAGAGUAAACGAUGGAGCUGAUGGUAAAGAAAAGCAAGAAGGCGAGGUUCGUGGCGCUGGAUCGACAGAGCAACGUAGACAUAGCAAUAAUAUAAGCCCUGAGAACGAGAAGGAAAACAGCAAAGAGAAACGUGUCAAGAAGCAGAGCAGUGGGUUCAGUUUCGUAUCGGGACUCCUGACCAAGGGAGGAAGCAAAGGGUCGACACAAAGCAUGCGAGUGCAGAGUCGGAGUGGUACAAGUGGCAACAGCAGUGGUCAUGACAAGAACCGGAGUGAUACUAGCUUGACCGAGCAUGUAAACACAAGUCGGCAGGUGAAGAAAGAGAUCGCGGUAGGUCUAGCCAACAUGGCCUUCAUACUAGCUCAUACAGGAACAGCAGAGGAGAAAAUGCGUCCCAUAUGCAAUCCAUAUCGGUACCUACGUCCAGGGCCAAUAAGGGCAGAAGUAGCUCUGGGGUUAGUGCGACGAGCUCACAGUCAAGUGUGA